UGGAGCUUAGUUUGUUUUUGUUGAGUUCCGUAGUGUUAAUUAAAUAUAUCACCAUCAUUUGGUGCUCACUUUUAAUUAAAUUAGAUAAACUAGAAUUUACAAUAAACAAUACCAAAUAUUCGAUGAGCUGCGUUCAGGGUCGAGACGUUCAGAAGAAGCAAGGAUCCAAGAGAAUCGACUGAAACCGAAUAAAAACCACUGCAGCCAUGUCCCACACCAUCCUGCUUGUCCAGCCCACCAAGAGGCCAGAGGGAAGGACAUAUGCUGAUUAUGAAUCAGUAAACGAGUGCAUGGAAGGUGUGUGCAAGAUGUACGAGGAGCACCUAAAGAGAAUGAACCCCAACAGUCCAUCGAUAACGUAUGACAUCAGCCAGCUGUUUGACUUCAUUGAUGACUUGGCUGACCUCAGCUGUUUGGUGUAUCGCGCUGACACACAGACGUACCAGCCGUACAACAAGGACUGGAUCAAAGAGAAGAUCUACGUUCUGCUUCGCCGCCAGGCCCAGCAGGCAGCGAAGUGAAGCCUCUGAGGAGGGUGCAGGGUUUGGAGAUCAAUAUUUUUUCUUUUUCUGUAACUUGUGUUCAAAAGAUUUGACAUUUGGACUUUAGAUUUAGAAGUUUUUAAAGUUGUUUUUUUUCCAUGGAGGAGAGGUGUGUUUUGUAUGUUAUGGUUGGAGUUGUUAAUAAAGAUUUGCUUUAAAGUGUC